AUGAAUACAGAAAAGGUUCAAUUAUAUGGUGGAACCAUUUCAUCAACAAUUCCUUCAGGGUUCUUGGAUGUUUCUAUGAUCCGUGAGGUUCCUGAUACUCAAGAGGUAUAUGUCAACAGUAGAACCGAUUCUGACCACUUUGAUGAUGGUUUGGGCAGAAACGAAAGUAUCAUUUUUGAUUUGCUAGAGAGGGUGGAUGCUACAGACGACAAGGAAGCAUUAGAAGUACAUAUAGGAGAAAUUUCGGAGUUGAACGAUUCUGAUGGUUGGUUAAAGAUAAACUGGAAACAAUUAGAUAACACUUCUCAAACAGUAAUCUUAAUUGAAUCUGCCAAAAAAUGGGGGAAACAGUCGUUAGAGGAAGUUGUUGUCAUAUGCAUGGGAUUGAUACGAUUCAAAGAAUUUGAUACAGACGUUGUGAUCACCAUUAAUGUCCCAUUAGGAACUAAAUUAUUAGAUUCAGAGAAUGAACAGAAAUUGAAAGAAUCCGUUUGUGAGAAUUCUAAUGUCAAAGCUGCAUACCGCAUACUUCAAACUACUAUUAAAGAUUUUAAAAUUGUUGAUAAAACAUUAUUUGUAUAG